ACAAGCGGUUCUGCCCCUAUCUGUACCUUAGUGACAUCACAAGGUGGCGUUUCCACCUGUAGCUUUUAAUGACUAAUCACACUCACACCUCUAGGCAUAAUAACACGCCUUUAAGGAUUUAACUAGUAACUAGGCUUACCGCCAACUCAUCCAUAGACCACAGUUCCGAUUACUACAAAGUCAUGCUUAGUGAUGAGUGUUUUCCAUUAUUGCCAAAUUGUAUCCGCACCAAAUAGAGCAUUUGCGCAAUAAUAUGAUACAGACCUGAGCCAGUGAAUGUCCUUGGCUUGAUUCCCAUCAUGACCACUAGAGGGAGGGAGACGUCAGGGAACCCUUGAGCAGUAGUGAAGGUCCUCGGUGUGAUUCCCAUCCUGACCACUAGAGGGGGGCAGAUUUCAGUGAGUUUUUGUUUACAUUUGUUGCAAUGGCGACCAUCGGAGAACUGAAGAGCGCGGUGCGGGACACGCUGGAGUCGCGCGGCGUGCUGAACCAGCUGAAGGCCCGCAUCCGCGCGGAGGUGUUCAGCGCCCUGGAGGACGGCAGCGAGCCCCGCCCCCCCCUGUCCCACCACAACCUGCUCAUCAACCAGCUGGUCGGCGACUACCUGGAGUUCAACCAGUACCGCUACGCCGCCUCCGUGCUCAAGGCAGAGUCGGGCCAGCCUGAGGUCCCAUUGGACCGGCAGUUCCUGGCCAACCAGCUGAAGGUGGUGGAGGACGUAGGCUCCAAGUCGGUGCCUCUUCUCUACGGCCUGGUGUCCCACUUCCUCAACAGCGGCGGGGAGAAUGGGGGGCCCGUGUUCCUGAGGGCCCCUGGCCCCCCUUCUGUGGGGGCCCCUUCUCGGGGGGGCCCUGCUGGAGACACGGUGGCCGGACGUGAUGCCUGAGUCCCCUCGACGAGGGCGCGAUGUGGAGGAUGCUGUUGCCCCCGGAAACCUGAUAUUCAAAGUCUCUGUUUCAAGCGGUCCGUUGAGUUCAACAGGAUUCUGCUUCGUUUUGAUGAAGACGUAUUUGUUAUUUCAAACCUUUUUGGGAUUCAGGGAAGAUGAAUAGUUAUGUGAAGGUUGCCUUGAAAUGUGAUACAAUUACAAUCCUUUUCUUUAAUGUAUUUUGUUGGUCGUUAAUGUGUUUUUGGUAUUUUAAUAAAUCUUAAUUUUUUGA